AGCAAUAUGUGACGUCACAUGAUAAUACAGUAACGUCAUAUUGGCAUCUACCACUAAGCAUUAAUUGUAGACAUAGGAUGGUAGUGCAACAAGCAAAAUAGGGUUUUUGUUAAGGUUGUCAAUUCCCUGUGUUUGACAAAGGCCUCACAUGAUGUUGUUUGAAAGGUCGUGUGCCUAAAUUAACUGAAAAGGUGCAGUAUACUGAAGUAUAGACGUGCUAAACCUACCAGACGAUGCUUCCUGUUUACACACUGCUUGCUCAAUGAUCGAAAAGAUUUUGUCUCUAUCCUUUUAUAUAUAAAACUGGUGCUUUAAAACAAUGUCGGACGGAGGAUUGGUGCGAUCAAAGUCUGACAUGGAGACUCGAAAAGUAGAGAAACGCAACCCGAUAAUCAUUAUACCAGCGAUUCUGGAAGGAUUUUUUACGACGCUUGUGUAUGGUUGGCCGUGGUUGGUAACGGUUUUAAAACAAGAAGGUUACUACAGUCAAUUGUGCGACUCGCAUCCAACAUCAAAUACAACAGCAACUAUCAGUGACUCUUUACAUCUUGCCAGAAGUAGUGGUAUUAGUGGCGCUAGAAGUAAUUUGUACACGUCUUGCUCUGCACAAGAUCAGAAACUCAAUCUGGUCUUCACUUUGGCCUCUUCUGUGACACUUGUAGGAUGUUUACCAACUGGAGCCAUGUAUGAUCUUCUUGGACCUAGGAAGAUUCGACUGAUUGCAUGCGUUAUGUUCGCUACAACGUUUUUAAUGUACGGCUUUUCAAGUCAAGAGACACCCUUCUGGAUAUUUCCUGCCACCGCUAUACAAGGUUUCAUUGGCGCACCUGUCCUUGUCAGCCUAUUUGAGGUUGCUAAUCUGUUUCCCAAUCUUCGACAUACUAUUAUAUCUUUAUUAAAUGGUGCAUGUAUGAUGUCCACUGUAGUCUACCUUAUCGUUCAGAAACUCUCAGAAGCUGGCAUUGCCUUUCAGCACCAGAUGUUUGUAAUACUCGGUGUGUAUACUAUUCUUUCGCUGGGAAAUACGUUUUUUAUAGUCCCAGCUGAAAAGGUGGAAAUGAUGAUGGAGGAGGAUGAUUCGAAAACUACAAAGCAGAGUGUCCUGUACCCCAUUGCAGCCGUUAGUCCUCGAAUUGGUUAUCGGUUACAUGAGCAUUAUCUUAGUAGUGAAUCUGUUAUCGGUGGCCUGGAUGACUAUAAGAAACUGUCACGUUCGGACUAUAAUCAAAAUGCAGAGAGCUUUUGGAAGUAUUUGAAAACGCCGAUGUGUCUGUUGACAGUCCUCUGGUCAACUGUGCUGGUGUUUCGUGAAUACUAUUUUCUGGGGACGUUGAACCCUUUUCUGGGUUACCUGGCUAAUAGAAAUGAAGCGACAGUGAAUCACUAUACGACAUUGUUUGGGUAUAUAUCGUUUGGGAUUGUGUUGGUGUCACCGCUUGUUGGAGUUGUUUUGGAUGGUGGAAAAGAAACGCCACUCCAGCGAUCAAUUCUGGCCCUCAUGAUCACAACAGUAUCGUCAGUACUCUAUUCAAUUACGGUGCUUAUUCCGAAUCUUAAUGUUCAGUUAAUCACCUUUGUACUCGUCACAAUUAAUAGAGGAUUUGUACAUGCUGUUAUAUCGUCGUUCAUUGCAAUUGUCUUUCCCAAACAACACUUUGGCAAGUUUUACGGACUUGUGUAUCUAAGUUCGGGUAUUUCAACAUUUCUUCAAACGCCAUUACUUCGUCUAUCUCAGAGUUCACCAGAUGGAAACCCCCAACUGGUUCAUAUAAUCCUUCUCGUGGUGACCUUACUUGGGCAUUUUCUACCACUUUACGUCUGGAUUUACUGUAAGCGCGAACUGGAAAAGAAACGUAAAGAAAAAUCAAACACCACCACAAACAUGAUGUACAUUAAACUACAGCCAGAUUCGAAUUACUCCAUUGUCAAACAAACUGAUAUCUAAUUUAAAAGAAUGUGCAAUUAUGUAAUAAUAUAUUUAUAAAAGGAAUACAUUACAGUAUUAUAUUCUAUAUGUUAUGUGCAUAGAAAUGUUGCCGAUUAUGGAUUGAUAUUUUUUUUUUACUGUCAGUGGAGUUCAAUCAUGUUUGUAUGUGAAGUAUUUAAAUACUGAAUACUACAAAGUAUGAAAACUUUGUAUGGAGAUGAUUAAAAAGCAGAUAUCUUCAGACAAAGUUUCACAAGCUUCUUAACUGAUUUUCACUUGUCAUAUCCUUCAAUGUGCCAUUAAUGAAAAUUAUUAUUCUACUUUCUCCAAAAAAAAAUGCUACACUGUAUACGUUCAAUGAACAUUAUCAGAAUUAAAAAAUUACAUCUUUAUAUAUUGUUUUAAAGUAAAGUAACAUUUAUUCAUUUCUCAUUCAAACAUAAUAAUUCAAAUAUACAGAGACUUUUGAAAAACUUUUAAACUAUAUAUAAUAACAGUAUAAGUGAACAAAAGUCAUCAAGGUUCAAAUGAAAGUUUUCCACAGAAACUAUAUAGCUUGUAUAAAGUGGAACCGAAAUUCAAAUAUAUAACAUUCAGUUUAAUUU